AAACCCGUUGAAAGGUUAUUCAUCUACGUCUCUCGUCGCAACCACUUUGCAGACCUCGAAACUCCAACAUGGCUCCACGUGGACAGUCGACCACUACUCCGACUCGGAGAAUGACGAGACCCUCUGCCAUGAGGAGAACGCCAGCAACACCAUCGGUUCAAGCAGGAAGCACGUCAUCAUCUGCAAUCCAAGGGGCUACGGGGAAAGCAACACCUGCCAGGGCAAAUCGCCGCAACACCACCAAAUCGGCCCCGAAGUCUGCAACAAUUGCGGCACAGUCUGGACGUACUCCGGCAAAAUCAGCCUCAACUAACCAAAAGCCCAAAGACACACCUGCCAAGAAAGCAUCUGGGUUGAUCAGGCGCACGAAGGCAACAGCGAAAGCCAACAAGAAAGGUGACGAAGGCACAAAAGAUGAGGCACCACAGACCGCAUCUGACAACAAUGACCCAUUUGUAGGUGCUGACAAUGGCCGAACGAAAAGCGAGUCUCCCAGUGUCACUCCUCAACCGCCGACAUCAAUUCCGGCUCGAAGGAACGCGAAACCCAAGACAAGCAAGAGAAAAUCCAAGCCCUUCGAGGAACAGCCCUACAUAAACAACGACAGCUCCGAGGACGACUCGGCGAAUAUAUCGUUAGCGAAAGCUGCGCCAACUCCCAAAGGAAAGGCAGUGGCGGUCGAAGACAAGGUCUACAGUGAAGAGGAGGACACCGAUGAAGAACAUGAGGAUCUGGUAGCAAAGAGUGCAACCCGGAAAAGGAAGAUCAGACCAUUCGACGAUCAGGCUUACAGAUUUGAAAGAGAAGACUCGGAGGAAGAUGACGACGAAGAGCUUGAUGACAAUGUCCCAGGAGAUUUGACAACCAAUCCACUCCGAAGAAUCCAUCUCAGGGUAAAUCAAGAUCGGCACCAGCAACAAAUGCGACAACUUGCGGAGAGAAGUACCCGUGAAUCACCUGCGAAUCCCAGCUCGUCGUCAGGUCCUAGAUUGCCGGCAUCUCCCAGCACUCCGGGUGCUUCACAAAGGGCGGUUCAGCAGCCAAGUGUUGGCCCAGCACCCAAGCGUCAACGGACGGCGUCGCCGACGGUCGCCAGCUCAUCAAGCCCACACGGCAAAGCUCCUCAGACGAACGCUGUGGAUCCCAAUGAUCCCCUUGUCCUUGCGGAGCAACUAUUUACAGACAUCGAAAGGACCCCAAGGGCGCUAGAUCUUGACGAAAUCGGCGCGCUCUUCAUGAUCUUGCAAGAGAAGAUCUCGCGUUUCUGCGACGACCAUUUCGACUUCAACCUAACGGCACAACAAGAGAAGGCAUGGCCCAUGCAUCUAUUGGCCACGAAGUACUUGUCAUUGAUGCUGAUGACGCAGAGGAUUGCAGAUGGGAGCGAAUAUGGCUGGCACAACUUCUUCACAAAGCGGGAACAUCGACGACAUCUCGUACACGGCGUCAUCGGCGAGUGGUUCCAGCAACGUAUCUUUAAACACACCGCUUUCAGCAUCCCGGACGACAAAGUACGCGAACUCGAAGACAUGGACCGCAAGUAUCUCCACUAUGAUGCCUUUGUGCGCAACAAGAAGAAGGCCGAGUGUCUGGAGGGAUUGAAAAUCGACGAAGACUAUUUUCCUUCAGCGGAAUUCCCCAACAAUUUCGAGCAUAAGGACAAUCUGGAGAUCGCAGCUCGGAGGAUGGCCACCAAUCUGCUGCUUGUUUUGGAGCCGCUACUCCCGCCUCCGUUCUUUGACCCAAUCGUCCCGAGAUGGAGACAGUCGUCUAGAGCCAGGGAUGAAGGGGCUGAAAUGCGAUUCCAGAUCUGGCUUGGGCUCAUCAAGUUAAUCAGGAUGGCGGGCAGUCUCCAUCUUUCUAUCCGCUUUGCUGGCAUAAAUGGCGUGGUCGUGCGCAUCGCACCACAUGUGCCCAAGGGCACCAGGUUGCGUCGAGACGAUGCGGAGAAGAACAUUUGCGUCAACGCCAACUGGCUGAAUGCGAACAGUGCUCGCCCUCUGCAAGCAAACGAUCAGUUGCAGGUCAAGAUGACCUGCUUCGGGCGAGUUGAAGCCGUUGUGCCGAAUGGCCUCGACGUGCUCGAACUUGAGCAGGCACAGGAAGCCGCUCGAGUAGCGGGGAGGGAACUCACCCGAGAAGAAGCUGAAAAAAGACUCUUCAACCUGUAUCCGUAUGACUUGCAGGAGACGGACGCCGCAAGGGACGCCGUUGCAGAUCUGCCAGCAAUUCCAGGCACGGAGUGGUCCACGGCGAUACUCAAGGCUGGUAUCCAGGAAGCUCGAGAAAAGAGAUACGGGCGUCGUCCCCGAGAAGACGCGACGAGGGAUCAAGCCGACGCUAAGAGCGGUGCAUUCGUCACCGUCUACUCGAGAGUCGCUCCCUCGAACCUCUACUGUGAAUGGGUUGCUUCGUCUCAGGAACAGCAAUUCCCGCCUCUCGCAAACGCGGCACCACAACCGCCAGCCCAGACCCUCGCCGAAGCUGUCGCAGACGCCCGCCGGCAAAAGUACAUUUCCUGUUCCCUCGAGGACGCAGGUCUAGCGGUCUGGAACACCGUUGCGCGGCGCGAGUUUCUCGAAUGGCUGGUAUUUUCCGGCAGCGUCGCCGGCAUCAGCGCAAUCACCGCUCCGUGGAUUCGGGGCGUGUUUGAGAGUCUCAACCUGGCGGAACGGUCGAGGGAGGUCGGGACAAGCAUCUCAACCCGUGCCGGUCGUGCCGUGUCUGCUGCAGCGAACUGGCGCAGUGCUCUUCAGGAUGCUUCGGCGUACGUGUCCCAACUCGUCGCGCCGACUGCGAGCACCGUGACCGUGACAUCCGUUGUAACAGACUGGACUACGACGACCGUGCAAGUCGACGAACCGACCGAUGCAGGCGAGCCGAUGGAAGAAGUCACGCCUACCUCUGCUACCUCUCGUGAUUCAUUCUCUGAACUCCUUCCCGAGGCCUUGGGAGGGGUCUUGGGCAUCACGCGACGAGUUAUUGCAACAGACAACCCCGAAUUCGCCAUGGUCGCAAGCCUUUUCAGCGAGCAGAUGGGUUUCGUCCAGCAGGCUGAAGCCCAAGCUGCGCCGGAGCCGGAGCCGACGCCAUCUCCUAGCACCCGCCGCUCGAAGGUUCUUUGAGGUUCUUGCAACUUUUCACAUAGCAGAUGGCAAUGGUCUCGACAUUUGAGAUUCGACGGGGAACAGACCGAUGGGUUACGUUAUACGGAGAAGGAAGAUUGUAAUCGGAAACAAUCGGCACCGACUUGGACGGAUGUGUGCCGACGUGGCUGGGGCCAAUAUACACUCAGGAUCAAGUGCAGAAGGCGGUUGAACAGGUUGGGAUAUGCGAUCGCUUUUUUCUUUUCUAGCUUGGUUACAAACUCACCCUGAGACAGAGGAGGGGAACCAUAUGGACUGAGAUAGAUUCUACAGCCAUCUUUGUUGGAUCAUGAUUCGAAUUUCA